AUGGCUGGUUGCAAAGUAAUUCUUCUAAUGAAUAAUACAAAAGUUCACUCUGUUGGUAAUUUAAAACAUCGUAAUACAACCAUUAAAUUCUUUCCCCCAUAUACAACAUCUCGCCUACAACCUAUAGAUGCUGUUGUCAUUAUAGAAGUGUCAUUGAAAACCAUAAAAAAUUGCCUUCAACACACAAGAAUUCUUCCAUUAGUUCAAGAUAAUGACAAAGAACCUACCACUAAUGAUAAUGAUGAUGAUAUAAUGGAAGAGUUGUAUAAUAACAUCGAAUUGAUUAAUUUUCAAAAUGUAAUAGAUCUUGAAGAAUAUAUAGAUUAUUUAGAAAAAAAAAUUGUAACAGAAAUAAUGAGCGACCAGAAAAUUUUAAACCAAGCCAUGUAUCAGGAACCUCAACAGGUUAAAAGUGAUAAGGAAGAUGACAGUAUAGACAUGCCCCAAAUUACUCAUAAGGAAGCAUUAGAUGCUGUAUACCAGAUGGAGCUGUAUCUUAUGCAACAAGAUCUUAAUUAUGUGGUUCAAACAGAAUAUGACGUAGCUUUGUCAAAAUUGUAUGAGUUA